ACUACUCUCUCCUUUUCUCUGUGAGGAGAAUCGCUGCUCUCUCAACCCGGAUGCUAUAGCUUAAUAACUGUUGAUAGAUUUGCCCAGUGCGCAGCGCAGCGCUGUAGGCGCAGCGAGGGGUUGAAAUAAUUUCCGUACCCUUGAAACGCAUCUUUCCCCGGUUCCCCACGCGCCGGAACCCGCAUCUGAGUAGGGCAGGAUUUUUUUUUUUUUUUUACUAAGACUAGGGAGGGUGUAUCUUCACGUUGAAGCCACACAUCCUUGUCUCUGCAUCGUGACCACUUUCACGCCACUGAGGCUGUAGUGACAGGGUGAGAAAGAGGGAGGAAGAAGGAAACGGGGAAGAGCAGCAUCACUACAGAGAGAGAUGGCGGAGUGCGGGCGGAAGGCGCUGUCUCUCCUGGAAGCGGCCCGCUCCCGGUAUGAGAGCCUGCAGAUAUCCGAUGAUGUGUUCGGUGAGUCUGGGGAUGACAGUAGCGACAAUCCUUUCUACAGCACCUCCGGAGACUCUGACUCCGAUAACUACAUAGCCGAGGUCGGCGAGGAGGAGCAGCCGCAGCACCACCACAAAAAACGGAGCGACAAGGAAAGCGGACACAGCGGGGGAGCAGGUGGCGGCACCAGCGGGGGCAGCGGAGCAGGUCCCCCGGGCUCCCUGUCCCGAAGUCAGGCGGAGGAGGAAGGCUGGACGGAGACGCUGCAGGAUGUCACGGUACCGCCGUACAAAGAGACAUACGGCCCUGCUCAAAAGAUGCCGGCCACUGCCACAGCCUUGGACUUCUUCCAGCUCUUUGUUCCGGACAACUGCAUCCAAAACAUGGUCACUCAGACUAACAUGUACGCCAAGAAGUUCCAGGAGCGCUUCGGCUCAGACGAAGGCUGGUUUCCCGUUACAGCCCAGGAGAUGAAAGCGUUUCUGGGCUUCGUCACCUCAACCAGCGUUCACCACUGCGAGUCGGUGCUCAGUAUCUGGAGUUCGGGCUUUUUCAGCAACCGGAGCAUCGCCUUGAAGAUGAGCCAGUCACGUUUCGAGAAGAUCCUCAAGUACUUCCACAUUGUGGCUUUUCGCCCAUCACAGGGAAGCAACCAGGGCCUUUACAAGAUCCAGCCUUUCCUUGACUCGCUGCAGCAGUCAUUCAGCUGCACCUUCAGACCCUCGCAGACGCAGGUUCUGCAUGAGCCCUUGAUAGAUGAAGACCCCGUUUUUAUCACCACCUGCACAGAAAGAGAGCUAAGGAAGAGGAAGAAGAGGAAGUUUAGUCUGUGGGUUCGACAGUGCACUUCCACCGGAUUCAUCUGUCAGAUCUCGGUCCAUCUGAAGGAAGGACAGGGCACAGAAGGUCUGGCCACCUUAAAGAACAAACCUCAGCUUCACAGCCUCGUGGCCAAGCAGCUGUGUCAAAACAUCUCCGGGAAGAACACCAUCAUCUUCACAGGGCCAUCUAUCACGAGCCUCAGCCUCUUUACCGAAUUCAGCAAACAAGAUAUCUUUUGCUGUGGUUUGCUGAGCACCAGGAAGAGUGACUGUACAGGAUUACCCCAAAACAUGUUGGUCUGUGGCUCCACACCAGCACAGCGUGGUCAGUCGCGUGUGAUGAUGAAAGGCAGUAUGUCCCUGAUCAGCUGGUACAACAAGGGACAUUUCAGGUUCCUCACCAACGCUUAUUCACCCACAAAACAAGGAAUGAUCAUUAAGAGGAAAAGUGGUGAGAUCCCAUGUCCCUUGGCUGUUGAGGCGUUUGCAGCGCACCUGAGCUACAUCUGCAAAUAUGAUGACAAGUACAGCAAGUACUUUAUCUUCCAUAAACCCAACAAGACUUGGCAGCAGGUGUUCUGGUUGAGCAUCAGCAUCGCCAUCAACAACGCGUACAUCCUCUACAAGAUGUCUGACGCCUACACGGUCAAACGUUACAGCCGAGCGCAGUUUGGAGAGAGACUAGUCAGAGAGCUGCUCGAUCUGGACGACUGCUCCCCCACACAGUGAGGAGGAGGAGGAGGAGCGCACAGCAAAAAAAAAAAAAAAACACACACACACAAACUCAAUCCCCACACAUUCGUUUGCACUCGGUUGUACAGACUCCUCAAAUCUGUGUCUAUGUGAUAACGCUGAAGCAGUGCCAAGCCCUUGUCUCACCUCCUGUAGUUGUUUAUUUUCCUUUUUUUUCCUGUCUUUCUGGUGGCCCUGUAAAUAUUCACUAACACAACUACACACCACACAAUAAUUAUGAGCCAUGGGACGAUUCACCUGCCUCAACUGCAACUAUUAACCAGACAGAUUUACAUAAGAUUUGUCAGCAGGAGCUGUUUUACAAGCAGAGAUGGAGGAAGGAAUGACAAAACCAGGAAGGUUUCACUUUAAAAUGAUGCCAGCUUCAAGUUUUAACUUGGAUCAGAGUGAAAUUAUUCAAAAUGAGCCUGAACAUAAUAUCUGCAAAGGCGGGAAAGCUACAUGUAGCUCAAUAUUUACACUCUGCAAAAGCUCCUGUGAUGCUGUAACACAAUCUUAGAAAACGGGACACUGCAUGCAUCAAGAAUCUGGAUUGUGAUGUUCUCUUGUUCUGUGUGAAAAUGAUUUCUGCUCCAGGAGAGCCUUGAAAAUGUGUAUGUAUGUAUGUGUUUAGUUGGUUGAACUUCCAUUUGUGUGUGGGAUGUUGAGGAUGUAAAUGUAUGGCGCCUGUGAUCCAAAUGUGUUGUGUUGCUGCAUAUAGAUUUACUAAAGGAAGACUUAUGAGUUGGCAUAAAGCCACACUCUGCAGUGUGUCACAGAUUGCAGCCUCUCGCAUCAAAAAAAAAAGAAAAAAAAAAAAAAGAAGACAUUUUAAAGCCCCUGAUAGUUUUUCUCAAAAUUUUUUAUUACCUCUUUAUAACACCAAAUACAACUUAAAAGGCAACAAUGCUCAGAAACAGUUUCAAGUUUAAUUUUUUAGAGUUUAAGUUAUAAAACCUGUUUCAUUAGAACAGUAUUGAUACAUCCACAAACUUCAUAACACAAUGAUAAAUCUCUUUAUUGGGUUUAAAUUAAAGUUUUCAUCUCAAACAACAAGCUCUCACAGAAAAUGUCAUCUACUAUUGGCAAUAAAACUAACCAGAUGUUCCUGUUUCAUUACAGUUAGCUAUACUUCUCUAUGCAGCAAAGAACACAUCCAAGCCCUCCAGUGUUGCUAGGCAACAAAUACAAUCAAGGCUAGUUGGAUGGGGUUUGGACAGUAAUCGUGUGGUGAGAUUUACUAAAGAAGCAGGGUGGGAACAGAUCGUGAUGUAGAUGAAAGGCUUUGAGACCUACUUGAACAGUGAUGUGAAAUGACUAAAAUUAUUUAUUUAGACGACGCCUUAUUUUGUAACUAAGUGUAUUUUACACCUGUGUGUGUGUGCAAAUCAUUAAUUAGUUAUAUCUUUAGGAAAAGCAUCUCCUUUUCCAAACCAAUUUAUAAAUGUGAAUAACUAGCUUUGAAUGCUAACUGCAGCACACUGCUGUCUGUGGCUUUAAGAAGGGCUGCUUUGCUUUGCUUAACAUGGUAUGCAGUCAACACAUUGUUGUCAUGCUGGAAUCAUGUAAUGAAGAGUUUAUGUGAGAAGUUGUGCCACGUGUUCACUCUGUCGACAUGGUUUGAUAUGUGAGUACAUAUUAUAAUAAUAUGACAGCAUUUGUUGAGUGAUUUUCUGGAAGAACUCAUGCACUUUUUGUCCUCCAUCACAGUCUUGCACUUUGAGAGAUGUAAAGUUUAUCAGAUAAUCCUUUGAGUUUUGACUAGAAAUACAAUAAUACACACUGCUCUUAUAAAUCAGAUCUGUAAGUGUAAGUAGAUAAAAUAGAUGGAUAAUACAUGUAAAAGUACACUGAUGACAUAAGAUUAAAUUAAUGACUAUAACCAAAACAGAAAGAAUUUACACUGUAGAUUUAGAGUGCAAGUGUGCUGGUGUGUUUUGUUUACGAAUCACAGUGAAUACAUGUUCAUAAUCACUCUGUUACUGAGACUAAAGAUUGUGGUUUUUAUUUGAAUCUUUCCACUAAUCCAAAGCUUUGUUGUCGAUGUUGUUCAUUUGUGUGUGAACCACCGAAUGUUGUCAUAUUUAAUUACUACUCACUUCCAGCUAACAUUGUUUAACCGAGGAGGUACUUCAUGUCAUGUCACAUGUUUGUUAACUCAUUAUUUUAAUACAAUAUUUGAUAUUUUAACACAUCACACAUUUGUCAUGAGAGGUAAUCUUCAGCUGACUUCAGGAUAUUGAUGUAAAAAAUGACAAGUAAAAAAUUUGAAUCUGCCUUUUCAGUUUGUAUUUAAAGGUUAUAAAACUUAAAGAUUCUUCAGCUUGUUGAAGUAUGAAACAUUUUAGGGUUUAUUUGACUUUCAACAAGCUAAUUCCCAAUAUUGACAUAAUAUUCAUGAAGGCUAGUGCACAUUAGAUCAUAUUUUUCUAUCCAUCCAUUAAUUUUCAAUACCAUUUUUUUUUCUUUACAAUCACAGGGAGGUUGGAACCUAUUCCAGCUGCUGUUAGGCAAGAGGCAGAGUAUAUCCUGGAUGUGUUGUCUGUCCAUCCCAAUGAAAUAAACAACCAUUCACAUUCACUCCUAGGCAGAAUUUAAAGACACAAAAUUACCCAAAAAAGCCUGUUUUUGAUCCAUGAAGGGAAGCUGGAGUAUCUGGAGAGAGUCCAUACUUGCACGGGGUGAACAUACAGGAAGACCUCAGUCAAACCAGGAACCUUCAUUCAGUGAAGCAGCAGUGCUAACCACCACAUCACCAUGCAGCCCCUAGAACAGAUUUUUCUGUUGAAUUAGAAAGCAAACUAGACUUUAUUACUAAAAAAAAAAAAAAAAAAAUGGAAUUCAGCUUACUCAGCUGAGGGGAAAUUCAAGUUCUUGACUAUUUGUACCUAUGAUGCAUUUGUGAUUAUACACCUCUGUUGACACAAAACAGAUACACACAAGACUAAAUUUAUUCUCUAUAUUUCUAGUUUCUGUGACUAGAUAUCCUUAUUCUUCUCUACUAUUUGGUUUCUACCUAAAAAGAUCUUAGUUUAAUUAUCACUUUAAUGUUUCUGAUUUCCAUAAAUAACAGGAUACAUUGACACAUAGUAGUGUUACAGCCAUGCUUUUUAACUUUAAAAAUAUCAAUGAAAAGUUCCCAAAUCUAGAAAAAUACUUGAACAACUCUCAGGUAGUUCACAUAAGGCCAAAGCCCAAUUUUGCCCUUUUAUAUUAUUACUCCAACUCUCAUUCAAAUUUGAUUACAUUUAUCUUGGAAUCAUAUGGAUAUUAUUGCUCACAGCAGAAAAACAUAUUUGGAGUUUCCUUUCCUUUACACUGUUUUAAUCAUCAUACAUGUCAUAAUGUUUGUACAAGCAGGUAUCCAUUGUUUUAAAGUCAGAGGAACCAGUUUAUCCCCUGAGACUCACCUCUUUUGGCCUUAAUGUAAUCAUGUUUGAGGCAAGGCAUGUUGUAGUUUGUGGAAAGGCUAUGGAUGUAAUCGCAGUGAAGCAGCAGUGGAGGAGGCAAGUUGAAGGAGAGUGAAUCAACCUGAAAAAAAAUCUAAUCUAGGUCUGCAUCACAAAGUACAUUUAACUUUCAAGAGUAAAUAAAGCAAACAUUUUUCAUCCAAGAUUUAUCAUGUGCACAUAAAAAUGAGCCUCUAUGGUAGCUGCAGACUGUCCAUGAAGUCUGUAGCCAGAUGUCACUGACCAAGGAUGUUAGACAUCCACAGAGGUUUUCUGUAAAGCUUAUAUCACUCUGCUCAGAACACAAAAGAGGAAAUAUUAUUCACCAGGGACUGCAAAGCAGUGGUUGCUUAGCAACAAAUUAUAUAUAUGAGUAUAAGAGGCAGAAUAAAAGGAGCAGUCUUUGAAGUUUUCCAGUUGCAGAAAGACAAUUGAAGCAGUAAUAUCCUGUGUUCAUCAUUUCUAUGCCUCCUAUUCAUCAUCUUUCAUCAAAGAUAAUCCUUUUUACGCUUUUACUAUUUAGUUAAUGAAGGGGAUGUGUUGUAUUCGAGCUCACGCAGAUCAUAAGGCAUUAUAAAUUCUCAGGUUGAUCUACAGUAGGAUGGGAUUAUAGACAAAAAUCUCUUUCAGCCACUCAGUUCAGCCCAUUCUCUUAAUCAAAUAAAUAAAUUUUAUUUCUAUAGUGCCUUUUCUUCUCAGUUAUUCCUGUCUUUGCAAUGGCUCAGUACAAUUGACGUCCUGAAACUGAUUUUAUGUGAAUGACUUGAACUGAACAGACAUUUGUUUGGAGGAAAAAAAGGAAAAAUGUAAAAACCUUGUCUUUUUAACAAUAGAUUUGAGAAAUUAUUUGUCACUUCUGCAAAGGAGAUUUAGACACUUGGAUGUCUCAUGCUACUAUAUUUCCUCUUUCCAUUGCUGUACUGACUCAGCUUGAGCAACAUUAUACUUUGGGUCUAUAAAAACACUAAAAGGCCUUGAAUGACUUACAUGUACUUGAUCCAGCUGGGGUUUCAUUUCAGUAUUAAUGGGUAGACUACUGUGCAGAAGUCAGAAAGUUCAAUAAACCACUGCCAGAUGUAUCACAAGUUAAUUUUGCAUUAAUCUAAAGUACAAUGCCAAAUUUACACUAGAAAGUAGAAAUGGGUGAUUUGAUUACAACCUUAAAUUUAAGCCCAUUUGUUUAUGGGAUAGAACAUGAUGCAGGAGAUAUAUUUCCCUUUAUUAUAGAUAGGUCUGCUAACUACGAAGUGAUGCCAGUCAGACUCAACUGAAAUGUAGUGAAAAUGAUGAUAUCCAUGUUUUUGGUGUGAUCUGUGUGUCAUUGUGGUGUGUCUGUAAGGUGCUUAACAAAUACAUCAUCAUGGGUGAGACAGUUGUCUUAUAAAUGUCAAUAACUGGCUUUGGAUAAGUUAAAAUGUUUGACCUCAGGGCUUCACAUACAUCUGCUACAAACUGAUUAAUGAAAAUAACAUAUUUAAAGUAUAUUAUUUCUAUGACCAUACCAGGUGCUCUCACACCACUGUAUACAGAAGUGUUGAAUUAGAUUUGCUAUUGUUUUUGGAGUUGAAAAUUGGUCUGUAAGAGUUUGUAAAAGUAUAAAUGCCAUCAAGUGUUACCAGUUAAAAGUGUUAGGUAUCAAGCAGUGGCAACAUGUAUUAUUCUGAACAGCAGCGAUGUCUUUGGGGUGUGGAAUUACUGUGGGCUUACGUCUUAUCUAGCUUCACAGAGGGAUGUGUGAAUAUGCAUGAAUUGUUAAAGUCUGUUGAAAUAUUGGACCAAAUAACUGUGUGUGGUAACUAAUUGAACAAGGUUGUUGUGUAAGUGUGAAAAAUCAUUAAAAUUUAGCCCUUGUUGGUGUCCCA